GUUGAAUUUGAUGGGUUAGUACUAAAUUAUGUUAUGGCAAUAAGUGAAGCCAUUUAACUAAUAAGAUCCAAAUUACAUUCUUAUAAAGAAUAAUCUAGGUACUUGAUUAUUUAUGAAAAGUCUUUAUAUUCAGCAUAUGUCUAUAUGGUAAUUCAUAGGCAGAAACAUCGGAUUAGAAAAUGUGUUCCUAUUGACAGAGCUCGAGUUCUGCAAAGAGAGUACACCAAUAUCGCAGCAAUCCAACAAAUCACAAUUCAACAAUUUUUAUCAGAAGACUCGAGAUCUCGGAACAUCGAACAAUUCAAUGGUCAGAAGCUCACCGAUACAAUAACCACCAUGUUAUUACCAGAAUGCCUCAUCAAAACGUUUAAUUAUUCCUUCGAAGAGACAUGCAUACCGGCAAGCUGGAAUCAACAUAUCAUGGCCAGCACAUACUUCUUGACAUUGUGGAUGACAAUGGAAUCGAUCGUAGGACAGUAAUGAAGCUUUUUGGUCCACUGAAGAUGGAGACGGCAAGGAUCUGUUCGAGUGUAAAUAUGCCAACGACAAUGACACAUGCUAUACAACCCAAUGAUUCAACUUUAUAAAUUAGAAACUUUAUUUAGCGAUGGUGAAGAUAUUUUAUACAUUUGUACAAAAUUUGUUUUUAUUUCAUUUCAUCCGUCCGGAAUUCGAUUUACGUUAGAGAAUUGAAAACCAAUGAAAGAUUGUUUUUUUUAUGUACCUCCACCGUUGAUUCGUUGGAAGUUAUAGCAAAACAAUGCUUUUUGAAUUGGGUUUCGAUCCGAUGACGAAAAUCGGACUCCGGGCGGAAAUUGCAUUCCUGUAUCAUUGUAAACAUAUGAAAGAAAACACGAAAUACAUUCAUUAACAAAUAGAA